CAACGUGACCGGUUGUGUUCGGGAUUGAGUCGCAGAAAACGCCAGUGACAGUUCCCUACAGUUCUGAAAAAUACACUUCUGGCAGUGCUAGCUCUUACCUACCCACGGCCCCUCCCCCACCCGCAGCGAGUCAGAGGCAGCAGGUGAGCGUCUCUCUGGCAGGAAUCCCAGAAUCCCUCUUUCGCACUGAAAAACACGACGCUGUCUCCGGCAGAACUUACACUCACAACGCAAAAAUCACAGCAUGGGACUGUCAGGCGGAAUAAAAUGCAUCAAGUUCUUGAUGCUUGCCUUCAACUUCCUAUUCUGGCUCGCAGGGACAGCGGUGCUGGCCCUCGGACUGUGGCUGCGCUUCGACCCCAAGACCAAGGGCCUGUUUGAGGGAGAGGAGUCCCCCUCCGUCUUUUUCACAGGUGUGUACAUCCUGAUCGGCGCCGGGGCGCUCAUGAUGGUGGUGGGCUUCCUGGGCUGCUGCGGGGCCAUCCAGGAGUCCAUGUGCAUGCUGGGAUUCUUCUUCUUUUUCCUGCUCGUCAUAUUUGCCGUGGAGGUCGCGGCUGGAAUCUGGGGCUUCUCCAAUCAGGAGAAGAUUGUGAACGAUGUCACAGAGUUCUACAGGAAGACCUUCGAAAACUACAAAGCAACAAAGCAGGAAGUGCUGAAAGAGACGCUUCGCCUGAUCCACUUUGGGCUCAACUGCUGUGGGACCACAGGGACCAUAUUUGACAGCGCCAAAGACACCUGUCCCAAAAAAGAGGGGUUGGAGGUGCUCAUCACCAAGAACUGUCCUGAAGCCAUCGAGGAGGUCUUCAACUCCAAGCUGCACGUGAUCGGAGGGGUGGGAAUUGGGAUUGCUGUUGUUAUGAUAUUCGGGAUGAUCUUCAGCAUGAUGCUCUGUUGCGCCAUCAGGAGGACCCAGCAGGUGGUGUGAGGCCCCCGUCGCCACGACGACUCCACGUCCUGCUGUUGUUAAUGUCUACCUGUCAGUCCCAAGGCCACAGCUUCAACCACCUUUACAGUCUGCAACAUCCUGUCCUCACCCAUCCAGUUACAUCACAGUGUUUUGUCCAAUCACUAAUCACAUCUCCCAUACUGGCUAAAAAGCAGUUGCGGACUGCCAUUUUGACCGGUUUGGACUUUUAACUCCAGAAAGCUAACAUUGUGAGGAUUUUAUUUAGCAAUUAGCAAGUAGCGUUGCUGUUUCUAGUUCACAAAGAAAGAGCCUUCAAGUUUUACUGUUUUUGUAUUUUUUUAAUGUAAUGAGUUUGUAAAACUUGUGUUACUGAGUGGUACUUGUGGAUUUUUUCUUAAGCAAAAAAUGAUAUUGACUUUUGUAACAUUUCCUAAGAGUAACCUGAUUUAUACUCUUGAUUUUUAUGUAUCUAUUUUAUUGAACACAAAGAAAUGUAAGUAACAUUUUAAAAUGCCAAAUAAAAUUACUCCUAACUUA